AAAAAGUGCUCCAAUCUGCUACAUAUUGUCACGAGCACGUGAAAAUCGUGGAAGCGAGAACGGGCAAAAUAGUACCUAGUAGAGGCGUCAGCUAGUUGCUCUUGGUCAGUUCGAAUAAGAAGCCGCUCGCAGUCGACUCGCGUUCGAAUUUAAACUUAAUUUCGCUACCGAAAAUUACAGAGAAAAAAAUGAGUAAAUUAGUGAUAGUGUUUGUGUGUUUGGCUGUUUUCGAAAUAGCAUCUGCCUUGCAGUGCUACAAAUGCGACAAUUGCCAAGGAUCGUCGAGCAGUUGGGAAAAAAGCACCUGCGGUAGCAGCUCCACAACCAUACCCGCCAACAAUGACUGGGCGUGUGUUAGAAUAAAUUACAAAGACAGGCUGACUUACAAGGACGCGGUGCAAAGGAAAUGCGUGCUGGCGGAAAAGCGCAACGGGCAACUCCACUUCGGCUGUCCCACGUCCCAAGGGGAGCCCUCCAGCUGUCCCAUUUGCCAAACGGAUCUCUGCAACUCCGCCACUGGCGUCCGGACCGUCGGUUUCGUAGCCGUCGCCUCCGUAGCCACGGUUCUACUUUUGUCCAAACUCUUCUAAACAGAGUUUGCAAAGAGUUUCAAUAAACGCGUUAAUAAUUUAUUGAUAGGUGUAUUUCACUGAAAAAUAAUUUGUGGACGGAGUUAAUUUUUUUUGUACGCUGAAUAAUAAUUUAAUUUCACACUGUAUGUUUGUUAAUUGUUAUAUAUGUUAAUAGUUUAAUAUAAUAAAAAUAAAAUGCGU